CCCAUUGCCUAUCACAACGCAGAAUGAGCUAGUGGGAACAGAAACACUAUGGCUGCUUCUCUGUCCCUGACUCAGCUUUCAAGUGGGAAUCCUGUUUAUGAGAAAUACUAUCGGCAGGUAGAUCCAUCCGGCAGUGGCCGUGUAGCAGCUGGUGAUGCAGCUUCAUUUUUAAAGAGAUCUGGCCUUGCAGACCUAGUCCUUGGCAAGAUAUGGGAUUUGGCAGAUUCAGAGUGCAAAGGCUCACUGAACAAGCAGCAAUUUUUUGUUGCUCUCCGUUUGGUGGCGUGUGCUCAGAAUGGAGUUGAUGUGUCUCUUAAAAGCCUAAAUGCAGCUGUCCCUCCCCCAAAAUUUCAUGACACUAGCAGUCCUCUUCAGUUUGGCCCCGUGCCAACGGACAGCCCAUGGGUAGUCAAGCCAGAGGAAAAGUUGAAAUUCGACACCAUCUUCGACAGCCUCUCUCCAGUUGGUGGCAUGCUUACGGGCGAUAAGGUCAAACCAGUGCUCCUCAAUUCUAAACUCCCAGUGGACGUUCUUGGCAGGGUUUGGGAACUCAGUGACAUCGACAGAGAUGGAAUGCUGGACAAAGAUGAGUUUGCUGUGGCCAUGUAUUUGGUAUACCGAGCCCUGGAGUCUGAGCCAGUUCCCAUGUCUUUGCCUGCCGGUCUGAUUCCACCUUCAAAAAGGAAAAAAGUGUCCUCGCCCCCUUUGAUGCCCCUCCUACCAUCACCUGCACAGCAUAAAGAGAGAAGUUCCGUCCACUCUAGAUCUAAAACACUGCCAGCUAAACCUACCCCACCACAGUGGGUGGUAUCUCCUGCGGAUAAAGCCAAAUAUGAUGUGUUAUUCACCAAGACAGACAUUGACAUGGAUGGCUUGGUAUCAGGUGCUGAAGUCCGAGAUAUAUUUCUCAAGACGGGUUUGCCAUCUGCCACCCUGGCACGCAUUUGGGAGCUUUGUGAUGUAGGUGACAUCGGGAAGCUGAACAGAGAGCAGUUUGCGUUGGCUCUACACCUAAUCAAUCAGAAGCUGUCAAUGGGAAUAGACCCGCCCCAGACUCUCUCUCCAGAAAUGAUCCCUCCGUCUGAUAGGCUAGCACGACAGAACAAUGCCUUGUCAGUUCUGGCGGCAGAUUUCUCCGCUAUUAAAGAGUUGGACUCGCUCAGUAAUGAGAUUAUGGACCUACAGAGGGAGAAGGGUGCAGUGGAACAGGAAAUCAAAGAGAGGGAGGAAACCAUCCGACAGAGGACCAGCGAAGUCCAGGACCUGCAGGAGGAGGUGCAGAAGGGGUCGGAGGAGCUGGGCCAUCUGCAGGCAGAGCGACAGGAGGUACAAGAGAAGCUGGAGAGGCUGGAUGAGCAGAAACGCUCUCUAGAGGAGCAGCUCGGACUUCUACAGCAACAGUGCAGUCAGGAGAGCCAACUGAUCCAGUCAUUACAGGCAGAGCACUCAGAGCAGGAGCAGAGAAUCUGUGACUACGAGGAGGAGCUAUGCAGGGCCCGGGAAGAGUUGCUCCAUCUGCAGGACAAGACGCGCCGUCUAGGAGAGAAAGUCCAGUCUGCCCGUGAUCAACUCUGCCCCCUAGAGGAUGCUGUAAAAGAAUCUCACACACAGAUUGCUCAGGAACAGGAGCGAUUGGCAGAACUCAGAACAGAGGAGAGAGAAGUGACGGCACGGCUCACCUGGAAAGUUCUAGAGGAGCCAGUGCUCGUCAAUGGAACAGUGCCCUCUGAGCACCCAGAGAAACUGCAGUGGCCUCAACCUACACCACAGCUGGCAGAGAAACCCAAAGAGGACAAAUGCCAAGUUGAGGAGGAACAGACGUCCAUGGAAGAGCCGCAGGAGCUCAGAGUCACUGAGGAGCAGCCCACAUCAGAAGCGGAGGAGACAGAGGAGCAGGAGCCUAAAGCUGAUCUUUUUUCCAUCGACCUUUUCACAAGUGCUGUCUCCACUGUCAACUCUACUGCUAUGGCUUGGCCUCAGGGCAACAUGGAAAGUGCAACAAGCCCAGUAACCACUGAGCCAGACGUAGAAGAAGAAAAGGAAAAGGCAGAUGAGCAGCCUGCCACCAGCACACCAAAGGCAGAGUCUAUGGAGCCUGAAAAGAAGGAAUCUGCCCUGCCAGCUAUAGUCCCGCCCACCAACCUGCCAGCUGGUCCAAGCGUUGACUUUUUCAAGUCUGACCCCUUCACUGAAAGUUACCCAUUCACUGAUGACCCUUUCUCAAAAGUUGACAUUUCUGAUCCUUUUGGUGGGGACCCCUUCAAAGGCACCAACCCAUUUGCGACAGACAACUUCUUUAAACUGUCUUCAGUUGAUUUCCCUUCGGGAGACCCUUUCAGCUCCUCUGACCCAUUUAGCACCACCACAGACCCCAAAGAGCCUGAUCCAUUCACAUCCAGGACCAGCAAUGCAGUCGCGCCAGACCCAUUUGCUUCUAGCAGUGGUAGCAUCCAAGACACAGAUCCAUUUAGAUCCAAAAUGGAUGCCCUGGCAGACUCUGAUCCCUUCAGCUCAGCUGGCACAGGGCACGAUCCAUUUGGAGGGUCAGAGAUUCCUGCAAGAGAUGGGCCAGUAGCAGCCAAUGAUCCUUUUGCACAAAGAGGAACUACAGUGGUCGCUAACUCAGACCCGGAUCCAUUUGCCGCAGUAUUUGGCCACGAGACUUUUGUUGGAGGUUUCGCAGACUUCAGCAGCUUAGCUAAGUCUAAUGGCGCUGAUCCAUUCGACUCAAGUACAAACCAGAAUUUAUUUAAGGAGGACACUCUGUCAGACGUGCCCCCAGCAUUACCACCCAAAACCGGAACACCCACCAGACCACCCCCUCCACCUCCAGGUAAGCGGUCCAACAUCCACAGAUCGGAGUCAUCGGAGUCAUUUCAGAGGGGCGGUCUGUUAAAUGCCCAGGGUUCUGGAGAAUUCUCUUCACUUCCCGCUAAAGACUCGGUACAAGACCCCUUCGCCCCUUCCUCGCCCCUCCAAGCACCGCGUGACCCCACUCGAUUCGCCAGCUUUGACAAAAACCCCACAGAGGAGGACAUGAUAGAAUGGGCGAAGCGGGAGAGUGAGAGAGAGGAGAGGGAGCGCGUGGCUCGUUUGACCCAGCAAGAGCAGGAGGAUCUGGAGCUGGCGAUUGCCCUCAGCAAGUCUGAACUGUCCUGACCCAAACUGGACACAGCACCAUCACCACCACAACCACCGAGCCACACUAACAGGCAGGGGGAGGGAAGAAGGCAGAGCUUUAACCAUCUUUAUUAGCAGAAUCCUUAGUUCCUCCUUCGUCUCCAGCCACUUGGUAAUCAUUUAGGAUUCCAGCUCUGUUCGUCCACUGAGUUCUUCUGAAACUGACUGGAUAGUGCAUGAAGGCCAAGUGAAGAUGGAGGAAAAGGUAACGGAUACAUUGCUGCCUUGAAACCUCUGGUGUGACUCCCUUGGAUUUUUAAAUAACCACAAAUCUAGAGACCUCCAGGAAUCUCCCGCUUGCAAUUUGGACUGCUUAAAAUCCAUGUGACUGUGACCCAUCAAUAGUAAAAUGACUUUUGUCUUUUUGAAAAGUGUUUUUGAACAAUCUAUCCCCCUGUUCCUAUUUUAGAACUAAUUGUAAGGUUACCAAUGCAAUGAAUGUGUUUCGUUUAUCUGUGAAGUGGAGUUACGGUUGAAGAAAUCCAUAACAAACAUACUCAGUCCCAUCCACUUUUGGGGUAAUAAUAACAACACAUUUGUGCAAAGUUUAAAAGCAAUCUAACUGGGCAGCUUCAUUCACUUUUCAAAGUUUCAGAGAAAGUUCUCUGACACGAGGUUUAUGGUGGGCAUGUCGAUCCAGUCUCAGGAACAUAUCCCACAAGCCUUAAAAACCUGCAGCCUGUUCAGUGGAAUUUCAGCUUAGGUGCUUGCUUCUUAAUUCCAUUGAAACAAUAUCAGCUUACAGAAACAGAUACUGGAAUUGAAUUUUUUACCCUACUAAAAGUUCAGAACAGCACAACCGCCGUUUAACUCUAUGCUUAAUCUUUAUAAUCUUACAGUACAGCAUUUAUACUUUAUUUAGACCUUUUGAAGAAUGUCAAAAAUCCUGAGAAACUACUAAAAGAGUCACUAUUUGACACAUUACCAAUUUAUGAAGAGCUGUUAUUAACAAUGAAAAUAUACACAUCUGUGAAUUGUAUGCCAGUAAUCUUGUGCUACAGUGUAUUCAUAUCCUAAAUAAUAUUCUAUAUUAUCAACAAAAAAACAAUGUUUUAGUAAAAUGCAAAAUAAUAGCAGUUUGCUUUACACUUGUGACAGAAACAAAAUGCUCCCUUCAUCUUCCUCCUAUUGCCAAGUGCCCAAGCAAUAAGAUGAGAUGAUUUAAAAUCCUGGAACAUAAAUGGAGCAGAUCUUGUAACCUGCAUUAGAGUUCCAGAAAGCGUUGAGUAAAUUUGAGUAUAUCAUUUUUAACCCUUUUUAAUAAGGUUGCAAUGUCUUUUCUAGUGCCUACUGUGAGUCCAAGAUGAUCAAUCAAUCUAGCUUUUAGCUUCAUAGCAUUACUCUUCACAGAAGCACCCUGAAUGCUCACUUUGCUAGAUGUUUUCUGUGUCAAUUAAGAUAUAAAAACCACUAGCUUGUGCCACUUGCCUUUUAUUCAUCCUUUAUUACUUCUGAGUCACUGCCACAUUUUGAAAAACAUUUUAAAACUAUGUCCUAGGUACUAAUAAUGCCCACAUGUCACAGUUUUAUAUGCACACAAAUUGGUUUAAGCUUUGCCAAUACUAAAUUUCAAAUUCUUAUUACUGAUCUGUGUAAUUUGUAACAUGACUUAACCAUUUCAAUUGUCUGUAUGUAGUUUCACCAGUAGGUGGAUCUACCAAAACACUAUCUGCAUUAAGCCUGAAAAACAAGAACCUGCUUUCUAGGUUCAGCCUCAUGGACAUUGUCUGGACUCUGGAGUUUUUAAUGACUAAAGGGUGGUAUCUGUUUCAUGUUUGUACAAUAGAUUUGCUUUGUGAAAGUGUUCUUUCAGACAGACUUUAUAUAUGAAAGCAUUUGACAGCAAGAUGCUAGAAGGGACAAGAAAGAAUAUGCAUUUGUCUAAUAAUUUGUUAAAAGUUUACAGUAUUGACCUUUGACAUUUAAUAUUUACUUUUUGGUUUAGGACACUAGCUUGGCUUUGGAAUAUGUGGCGGAGGUGAAAAUAAAGCACAAAAGAUAGAAGGGAACAGCCAACCUCUCCAGUGUCUAAUCUUUUUUUUUUUUUUUUUUUUUUUUUUUGCCCAACGCAACAUUUACAUGAAAAUUAUAAGGAUUUGGAGCAUUACUGCCAAUGUAGACAGAAAUACAGCAUUACAAAA